AGCAAGCAUGUGAGUAAGACUGUCAGUAUGCAACGUGUUGAGCAGCUGAACUCUUGUCUUGAACUCUCCCACAGAAGAGGACAACUCUCGCCAGAUCUGAGACAAAAAGAGAGGCAAUCCGCUUGUUUGUUCAUUUAAUUUGGUUCUUUUCUUCCUUUUGUUCUGGAUGUUUGCUCCAAAGGAUGUAAUGUUGGGGGAUCCCUCAGGAUUUUGGACCUUUUUUAGAAUUUGGAUGCCAUUCUUAUAUUCAUUUCUUGCAUAGAAGUGUUUCCUUGCUGGGUUUUUUUCUCCCGUCCCGUGGUAUUUCCUGCUUUUAUGUGUUGUUCUGAUCACGUCCCUGCGUCCGGAUGAGUGUGCUCCGCUGGCACCGGCUCUCUGCGCUCUGGAAGAACUGGAUGUUCAACCAGGAGCCAGCAGAAGAGCAGGCCCAGAUCUCAGAAGCUCCAGGGCAUGAAGCAGAGCCACAGAAGAAGGAUGGGAACACAUUCAAGGAUCACAACUCAGACUUUAAGAACUUAACACAACUUACAACCCAAAACUUGGAUUAUACAAACCACAAGUCAGAAAUUGAGAACCAGAACUUGGAAUAUACAAACCUGAACUCGCUCCAAAAGCAUGAACUACUAAAGCGCAGCAGCUCUGAGCCGUGCUCUCAGGUCUCUAACACCGAGGAUCACUCUUACAGUUGCCCCCUCACACCUGAAAGUUGUUGGUGUGAAUCCCAUAGAAGCUGCUAUUCUAAGGAGGGUGUUGACUGUGUAUUGCAGGUGGAUAACGGCAGCGAGGGGGACGACGGUUUUCUGCAGAGAGAGGGAUCCCAACGGAGGUCCAGACGGCGCUUUAGGAGGGUCAACCCCAGGGGAGAGCGGGAACUCAUCACAGACGGCCAAGAACCCACCGGCUACAACACGGAUUAUGUCAACAACCAGCUUCCUGCUGACCUCAAUAAGAUGCACCUAACAGACCACGCCCAUCAGCAGGUGAUGCACAUGCCUCCCAGCCAAUCAGGAUGCAGCAUUGCCAGCGACUCGGGAAGUAGCAGCCUAUCAGAUAUUUACCAGGCCACAGAAAGCGAACUGGGAGAUGUGGACCUGUCUGGACUUCCAGAGGCUGCAGUGGACAGUGAGGAAGAGGAGGAAGAAGAUGAGGACCUGGAGAGAGCUUCAGACACUCUUCUGGGCCGAGACCUGGUCCGAGAGUGUCUGGAAAAAGACCCAGCUGAUCGCAACGACGAUGACAUUGAGCAACUACUGGAGUUCAUGCACCAGUUGCCAGCCUUUGCCAACAUGACCAUGUCUGUGCGCAGAGACUUGUGCAGCGUCAUGGUGUUUGAGGUGGUGGAGCAGGCUGGCACAGUCAUACUGCACAACAAACAGGAGCUGGACCUCUGGUAUGUUAUCCUGAACGGGGCAGUGGAGAUCAGCCAUCCAGAAGGGAGAGUGGAGACUCUUUGCAUGGGCAACAGUUUUGGCAUCUCACCCUCAUUGGACAAACAGUACAUGAACGGAGAGGUUCGCACCAAGGGGGACGACUGCCAGUUCGUCUGCAUCGCCCAAGAGGACUACUGGCGUAUCCUCAACCAUGUGGAGAAGAACACACACAAGGUGGAAGAGGAGGGGGAGAUUGUGAUGGUGAAAGAGCACCGUGAGCUUGAUCGCAGUGGGACCAGAAAGGGACACAUUGUCAUCAAGGGAACCCCAGAGCGUUUGAUCAUGCACCUGGUGGAGGAACCGUCAGUGGUGGACCCCACCUACAUCGAAGACUUCCUGCUGACCUAUAGGACCUUCCUGUCAAAUCCCAUGGAGGUCGGCAAGAAACUACUGGAGUGGUUCCAAGUGGACAGCCUCCGGGACACGGUAACAAGAAUAGUGCUGCUGUGGGUCAACAACCACUUCAAUGAUUUUGAGGGUGACCCGGCCAUGACACACUUCCUGGAGGACUUUGAGAAACAUUUAGAAGCAACGAAAAUGAAGGGCCAUUUGCGGCUACUGAACAUAGCAUGUGCAGCCAAGGCUAAGUGGAGGCAGAUCACUCUGCAGAAGGCGUCCAGGGAGUCGCCGCUCUAUUUCAGCGUGCAGGGCGGCAGUGAGAGAGGAUUUGGCAUCUUUGUUGAAUCGGUGGAAGUAGGGAGCAAGGCUGCAGAGGCCGGACUGAAACGGGGAGAUCAGAUUAUGGAGAUCAAUGGUCAGAACUUUGAGAACAUCUCCGUCUCCAAAGCUGUUGACAUACUUAGAAAUAACACACACCUCUCUCUCACCGUUAAAACCAACAUAUUUGUCUUCAAAGAGCUCCUUAGCAGGAUUGUGCAUGAGAAGAAGAACGGCGGCCCUCACAUUCCUAAGAUCCAGGAGAAAAAAGGCAAUCGCUUCUCCAUCCCAGACCUUCCUGGAGACAUGGAGUUCCCUACAGACCACAAGAGCACCAGGAAAAUGAAGGCCAAUACUGUGUCAGGAGGACGAAACAAGAUCAGGAAGAUGCUGGAGAAGACCCGCUUUAGUAUACUGCCGCCUAAACCAUUCAGUGAUGGUGGCAUGGGUCAGUCUCAGGACGACAGCAUUGUGGGUACCAAGCAGUGUCGUCACAGCGUGGCCAUCAUGCCCAUACCUGGCAACCUUUCGUCUAGCAGCCCUGACCUGCUGCAGCCGGCCACCAGCGUCCUCGACUUCUCCAACCCCGCAGCCCUGGGACUGUACUACAUCCCAGACCAGGUGAUUCGGGUGUUCAAGGCAGACCAGCAGAGCUGCUACAUCAUCAUCAGUAAGGACACUACCGCUAAGGAUGUGGUCGCCCACACUGUCAAUGAGUUCGGACUCAUUGCAGCACCCGAGACAUACUCCCUUUGCGAGGUAUCAGUUAGCCCGGAGGGAGUCAUAAAACAGCGUCGUCUACCCGACCAGCUCUCUAAACUGGCUGAUCGGAUUCAGCUCAAUGGCAGGUACUACUUGAAGAACAACAUGGAGACGGAGACGUUGUGUUCGGACGAGGAUGCCCAGGAUCUCCUAAGAGAGAGUCAGAUCUCUCUGCUGCAGCUCAGCACCAUGGAGGUUGCUGCCCAGCUCUCUAUGAGAGACUUUGAGCUCUUCAGGAACAUUGAGUCCACAGAGUACGUGGAUGACUUGUUUAAACUAGACUCUUCAAUCGGAAGUGGUAAUCUCAAACAGUUUGAGGAGGUGAUAAACCAGGAGACCUUUUGGGUCGCCACAGAGAUCCUUAAGGAACCCAACGCCCUGAAGAGGAUGAAGACCAUCAAACACUUCAUCAAGAUCGCCCUGCACUGCAGAGAGUGCAAGAACUUCAACUCCAUGUUCGCUAUUAUCAGCGGCCUGAACUUGGCACCGGUGGCUCGGCUGCGGAGCUCUUGGGAGAAAUUGCCCAGCAAGUACGAGAAGCUUUUUGGAGACCUGCAGGACGUCUUCGACCCGUCCAGGAACAUGGCCAAGUACCGCAACAUCCUAAGCAGCCAGAGCAUGCAACCACCCAUCAUCCCACUGUUCCCAGUGGUCAAGAAGGACCUCACCUUCUUACAUGAAGGCAAUGACUCCAGUGUAGAUGGUCUUGUGAACUUCGAGAAGCUAAGGAUGAUCGCCAAGGAGAUCAGACAUGUGGUGCGGUUGACCUCAGCCAACAUGGACCCUGCCCUCAUGUUCAGACAGAGGAAGAAGAGGUGGAAGAGUUUAGGGUCUUUGAGUCAGGGCAGCACAAACUCCAACAUGCUGGAUGUGCAGGGCGGCGCCCAUAAGAAGCGAGUACGCCGCAGCUCACUUCUCAACGCCAAGAAGCUGUACGAAGACGCUCAGAUGGCCAGAAAGGUGAAACAGUACCUGUCCAACCUGACAGUGGAGUCAGAUGAGGAGAAACACCAAAUCAUGUCCCUGCAGUGUGAGCCGUCCUACAGCACCUUGUCUAAAAACUUGAGUGAGAGACGAUCCACCAAGUCGGACAUGUCUCCAGUGUCUCUGCGGUCGGCUCUGCCCUCGGGGAAAACACAAAACAGGGUGUCACAAGUCCUUCAGGUCCAGGUCCCACUGAACCCUCUACGAAAGAAGAGCACUGCCAAGGACAUAGGCACGCCUAACUCCAACUCUCCCCAGGUGGUGAAGAAACCUCCAAUGAACUCAUCAGAGGAGUGGAGCACCAAGAGACCAUCUGAUGACACCGUCUCAAUCAUUUCCUCCCUUCACUCCAGUCCCACAGUGUCGCCGCAGGGCUCCCCGCGCAAAGUGGGAGGCGUGGCCAAGUCCCAGAACUCCAGCCAGAUGAACUUGUCGGGAUCUUCGUCGUCACUGACCAGCGACGCCAGCACAAAGGCCGGCAGUGUCAGCCUGCGCAGCUACGGCAUAGGUUACACCCUCCUACCAGCCGGUAAAGCAGACAACCUGUCGGACUCGAGUCACAGCGAGAUCUCCUCCCGCUCCAGUAUCUGUUCAGUUGACUCUGUGCCUGCUCCUGGGCUCGAAGACCGGUGUACUAGUAGCAACAGGACCUGUACUACUGCUGCUAGUACUACUGCAUCCACUACUACGACGGCUGCUGCUGUUCCUGAGAGUUCGGCAGCAACGCAUGCACACUUAAAUGUUGAUUAUAAUCAGCCCAGCACAAGUAGUUCCUCGUCAUUGGUUCGAGGAUACGUACCACGAGCCUCCACCUUCACCUCCUCCACCUCGACAGAGGAGCUGACCCCGGACCACACCUCUUUGGACUCCGUGGCUGACAGCGGCCGUGGCAGCUGGACAUCCUGCUCCUCCAACUCCCACGACUCCUUCCAGAGCCUCCCCACCUCCUCCUGCCGGCCCUGGGACCACGGCAUCCACGGGCAUCCGCUCUCCCUCCCGCACACACACCUGGGAGGCUUCAAGCACACACAGCUGACCGGGCCCAUAGCAGAGGUCGAGGCCGGCGCUCAAGCGUGGGCAAGCGAGGACUCCGCCACCAAGCAACACUCCAGAAACUCCAGCUCUGAUCUGUCCAAUCAGUCUCGGCAGAGCUGGGCGUCGUCCAGCUCGCUGUCGGACACCUACGAGGGGAAUUACGGGACGAUAAAGCGGCGAAACACCUCGGAGCACCCCUCCUCGCCAACCAAUGAGGAAGGAGGGCAAAGCACAGACCCUGUCUACAAAACGGUGACGUCAAGCACAGAGAAGGGCCUCAUAGUGUACUGUGUCACCUCCCCCGCCAAGGAUGAGCGUUACCGAGCUCCCCCUCCCACCCCUCCAGGCUACCAGGGUCUGGCUCUGGGGGAUCUCGGCCUCCCAGACGGAGUAGUAGGUGGGCCAGGAGGUAUCAGACCUCACCUCAGACCUCCAGACUACAGCGUGGCCCUCCAGAGGAGCAAACUCUUGCAGAGCCCUGGAGCGGCCGGCGGUCUGGCUGAGGCACGGAGGCUGGCUGCUAACCAUCACCUCCACCACCAAGAGGCUCGGACUGCGGGCUCCAUGCAGGGCCACUCCAGACCGCCCAGCAUCUGUGUCCCACCACAGGAGCUGGCUGACAUUGAGGAUGAUGAACAAGUGUCUGCGGUGUAGAGACGUGACCUCACACUCACGCACGUACAUAUUCUCACACACGGACCAAGUCCUGUUGAUCAGGCUUUUGGACUAAGCUAGCAGCCUGCCAUCAUCACGUAUCAGAGCACAUCCCCCCGCCCCCCCCGUGUGACAUCACCCUGGACCAUAAUGCACCUGCGGACCAGAGCAGUGUAUGUCACGUCACCUCACUCCGCCUCCUAGGACUUGUACAAUCAUCUCUUUUUAAACCCAUUUCACAAAACAAAGAAGAAAAGAAAGAUUUUAGAUACUUUUUAAAAACUUUUGAACAAAGUAAAAAAAAGACAGUGUGAUGGAGUCACAUCGCUGUAGAUGGCCGUAAAAAUAAAGGACAAAUUAAAGAAGGAAAGAGUGACAAUAACAAUGUCUCAUGAGAAGAAGUCAGCCUCCUUGGAAACAGACCACCAUGUACCUCCAUUUUGCGCUCCAAGCUCUCUUGUCUAAAGGUGUUUCACGUUGUUUUUUACAGUUUAAACAUGUACAGUGAUUUUCUUUUUUUUUUCUUGUAAAAGCAUUUUUUCGUCUUUUCAUUUGCAUCUCUGAGCUUUGUAAAGUUUUUAUGUGAGAAUAGUGAGGUGGAGCAGACAAAAGGGGAUAGAAAGAUGUAGUCAGUAGUGUGAGUAUUAUAAAUCACUCGUGGGGGAUUUUUGUUUUUGUGUUUGCUGUCAGCUCAAAAGAAGAUGAAUGUACAUAAACAAGAGACAGGAAACAUUUGGCCUCUAUCAAACCCUGGCACUGAUGAUGUAAAUUUACACAAAUAACAUCAGUUCCAACGAAAAAUAAACCAAAUGCACAAGAAAACCGCUACGAAACCAACUUUAUUAAUCCAGAUACUUAGACUUUUGACUGUGUUUGAGGUCAGGAAAGCCCUCAGGAGCCACAUAGAGCCCCUCAACAUAUUAUUCACUCCUCUUUCUAAAAGAGAAAUUAAACUCCUGAAGUAAGAGAGAGCAUGUGUCUGUCUCUUUAUGGAUGGAAAAAAAAGCAUCAGGCAGUUCUCUGUCUUCAUGUCGCGCUCUCCGCCACCCAGCCGCCUCUCUUAUUGCUCGUUCAGUCUGACACGAGGUACUUUAGCGGCAUGCUGCCUCCUGGAUGUUCCAUAAAAAAAACUGUAUUAUAACUUGUUUUUAAUGAGCUGAAGAACAAAUGCCUCGCUGCUUCCUGUAGAGUAAAAACGUGUGUCGUUAUUCUAUUGCAGCAGCUAUAAUAAAACUAUAAAUUAGCACUGUGUGGCCACACAACGUGCAUGCAUAUACACACACACACACACACACACCAAAAUCUUAGUUGGUGUGCAUAAAGACAAAGGACAGUGUUUACACCGAAGCUUACACGUUUUGUUUACAGUGUUUAUUAGACUAGUUGUCUAUUGAAUUACAAGCUGAAAUGUUAAAGUAUAAUGCUCCAGGUUCAUUUGACCUUGUAAAUUUGUUUAUAUUGCAGCAGGAAUAUGAGAUGCAGCAUAAAAUUUGACUAUGUGCUCGCAGUGUACCUCUCGUAUCGGUUUUUUGCUUCUUAUUUAAAAAGAAUGAGCAACAAAACAAGUCAAAAGAUAAUGUAUUUUAAUGCCUGGCUUGCAUCUCCAUUCCAUGUUCAUAGUACAUUUUGUAGAAUAUUUAAAGGAUUUGCUUGAAAAUUGUUUAUUUGUAUUGAAAACGGAAGCAAAUUUGUACAUUCUGAGAAAUGUUUUGGAAACGGAAAAUUUCUUUUUAAUUGUGUUUUAUCUGCAGUGCAGCAGGGGUGUAACUGGAAUUAGACGUUCUUCUGCUUUCUGUCUCGCGCUCUGUGAUGCUUCUUUCAUGUUGUUUUGCCACACAAAGACUUGAAAUGAUUAAUGCUAAUAUAUACAUGGCAUAUAUAUGAAUUUAUACAUAUAUAUUUUUGUUUCUUUGCCAUAAAUUAAUGUAUAGAUGAGAGAAGAGAGUCCUCUAUAAAGGCUAUUUUUGAAUAUUUUGUUAUAAGAAAUAAUCCAAGGUUGUGAUUGCCCUGUUUCUGUCUUUGGGCAGGAGUCUUUUAAGGAAUUAGUUCUUGUCAUUGUUCAUGACUUGUUUUCUCCUCUCACACUCUGUUGUUGGGGCCAUUUCUGCUCUGUCUAUAGUUGUAAUUGCUGCUGUGGUUUGGGAUAUGACUGUGUGUGUGUGUGUGUGGAGGAAUUAUAUUUGCGAAAUAGCGAUCAACAUAGCAUUUUUUUAAAUCCAAAUUUGGAUCAGUUUUGGCAUUCAGCACAUAGGGAAAGGCUCAGAAGUCUUUUUCAAUAAAAGCCCUUCUUAGUUCUUAGCUUUGAUCGCUCCUGCCUGCAGAGAAGUGGGGCCCUUGUGGGAUCGGUUUCAUGGCACGAGGCGAGUUCAUUCAAACUCAGACUGGGUGAUUGAGAGGAGUUUUUUUGAUGCUAUAUAAAUCAGUCUAUUUGAAUUGAACAGAACAAGCCCCGUCACGAUGCCAUCUCUAAUAUCGUCUCUGAGCCCCAUCAACUCAGCGGCACUAUAGACUUUCAACCUCACUGUACUCGUCUGAUGGAUUUCCCUGAAUCCACUGUGACCCUCGCCCUACUCCCCUUUUUUUCGUUUUUAAAAUAAUCUCAAUGGUAGAAACUUUGAAACAGACUGAGAGUCAGAAACUGACAAUUCCUCUCUUUGUUUUUGCACAACUGUAUUCCUCAGAUUCUUAACCAUAAAUCAGUAUUAAUGUUCUGCAUGGAUGAUUUAAAAAAAAAAAAAUAGAAGCAUAUAAGAGUUGGCCCAGAUGUUAUAAAUGGCACAGACUUAGAUAUUUUUACCUGCUUUCAAAUGUUAGAUUGAGAGCGAAACAGCAGCCAUGCGUUGGUCUUUCCAUCAAGGUUGUUUCCUAGCUAAUGAAAUUAAGGAGUUUGUUUUAUUCCUCACGUGAGCUUUAUAAGCACUCCAAGACAAGAUGCUACAUUUUAUUUUUAUUUAGUUUUUAUUUCAGGGCUAAAUUUUCAUUUAGCAGUAACCACCUCUUCUCCUACUCUGCAUACAGUAGGUAUUUUUUCAUGGAGGAUCUGGCAGUGAGCAGCUCUUUGCACUGUGAACAAAACAUGUCAGUGUUUUUAACAACAUAAAACUGUAGAGGAUGAACACCCCCUCUCUCACAGCUUGAUGAAAUGAUCUGGCUGAUUGUGAUUUUAGCCCCCUCGUGUCCUGCCAUGUUACCUGGAAUGCAAUAAGAGAGAUGUGAAUGUGUUUUAUGUAGACAUCUUUUGGCAUUACAGCAGAAAUGCACAACAAUAAGCUUAAACGUGGUGAGUGUGCUGCACAAUCUGUACAAAGAGGUAUUAACUUGGUCUGUGGCUUAAAGUUUGCUUUCGUCUCACACUUCUCAUAGCUGUUGUAACUUAUGUCUUUUAGAAAGACAACAUGAUUUUGCUCGUACGCUUUUUAUGUAUUUUUUACGAGUGAUUGUAAAUAGUUGUUAUAUUUUUGUUUAAGAGAAUGUUUAAAAAGGAAAAAAAUACCUUUUAUUUCUCCAAGUCUACUGAUAUGAAUUUGGACAAUGAAUAAAAUGUUAAGCAG